CGGGGGGCUGUCUGUCCGCGCGCACACUCGAUCUGACCGCUGUCCUUUACUUUAUCUGACCUUAUUUCAUAAUUUCCAGGAAAUCGGUUCAACACUUAUCAACAAAUGAUGCACUCGGCACAGAAAGACACCACGUUCACCAAGAUCUUUGUGGGAGGUCUUCCUUAUCACACAACGGACUCAAGUCUCAGGAAAUACUUCGAGGUGUUUGGAGACAUCGAGGAGGCUGUUGUCAUCACCGAUCGGCAGACGGGGAAAUCCAGAGGUUAUGGAUUUGUGACAAUGGCAGAUCGGGCCUCUGCGGACCGAGCCUGCAAGGACCCCAACCCCAUAAUAGACGGCAGGAAAGCCAAUGUGAACCUGGCCUACCUGGGGGCUAAGCCCAGGGUCAUACAGCCAGGUGAGGGACUGGACCACAGCUUUAUUUCCCAACUGCAAGAUAAUCAAGGAUUUGCAUUUGGAAUGCCUCAGAUCCACCCAGCAUUCAUCCAAAGGCCUUAUGGAGUCCCGGCCCACUACGUCUACCCUCAGGCUUUUGUCCAGCCCAGCGUGGUGAUCCCUCAUGUACAACCUUCUGCUGCUACGGCAACAGCUGCUGCUGCCACCUCCCCAUACCUUGACUAUACUGGAGCAGCGUAUGCUCAGUACUCUGCUGCUGCAGCCACUGCUGCUGCCGCUGCUGCAGCAUAUGAGCAGUAUCCAUAUGCAGCUUCACCAGCACCAACCAGCUACAUGACUACAGCAGGGUAUGGGUACGCUGUCCAGCAGCCGCUCGCCACCGCUGCCACCCCGGGAGCUGCUGCUGCUGCUGCUGCCUUCAGCCAGUACCAACCUCAGCAGCUGCAGACGGAUCGCAUGCAGUAAAAAACCGUGAAAACUACCUUAAAGGAGGAAAGAUGUAAACGAAGGGGAAGAGCGUAAGGGCUGACUGAUGGAUGUCACUACCAGGUUUUAACUGAGCAGUCGUUCUACCAAAGAGCCUGAAGAAUAUCACCAAAAAUGUGGAGAGAAGUGAAGAAUAACUAUUUAAUUCUAGUGAGAUCAGUAUUUUGUCACUAUUGAAUAUUUAAUAUUUAUUCAGCAGGAAAAUAUUUAAUGUUAAUUCAAGUAGACUUACUGGACCUCAUGUCAACUAUUGCUGAAUUUUCUGUAUAUAUAUUGCAGGGGAAUUUGUAUAAAAUUCCUAAAUGCAAUCGCGUCUUAUGAUCAGGUUACUUCCCCAAAACACUUGCAUACAUAUGAGAACAGCAUGUCACGUCAUCGUGCAGUUUUCAGUAUUUCAAAGUUUUGGACCAGUAUUUUGUUUGGUAAAGCUAUGCAGACAUCGAUAUAGACGUUACAUUUUGUUAGGAUUGUUCUCUUUUGUAUAACUGUUUGGAGUGAGAUAGAUUAGACACUGUCAACUUGUUCCCUUUAAAACAUUUUCUUGGUAGUUCGUAAAAAAAAAAAAAAAAAUGCUGAAGUGACAACUGAAGCUGGUAAAAGCACUCACUUUUCUUCCCUUUAAAUUGCGCCUCGAGUAAACUCAGCAUAAGGGAAGAAACAAUAUUGAAUGUGAAUCUUUCAUUUUGACAAAAUAUUUCAUAAUGUGCCUUUUAAAUUAUGCUAUUUAUGUAUUUAUUAUGGAGCCUUACAAUAAUAAACCCUUUAUUUUGUGUUCAUGUGUUAGUAUGAAGCCUGCUAAAGAACAUGUCCACAGGUGCUGCUGCAUAAUGAACAAGAGCAUCAGUGGAUGUUUAAACGUGGCUUCACAGAGCGAAACACUGUGUAUAAAGAACAAAAGACGAGUGGAAAAGUAGCAAUAAGUCCAACGUAUUUUCUGUUUUCUGUAGAUUUAAUGUUUUUGUCUCAAAUAGAUUCAUUCUUUAAAUGUCGCUUUUUAUACUUGACCACUUUGAUAAAGGACAAUGUGAGAACUGUUAAAUUUUUAAAUUUUUUACAUUUGAUGUCAUUAGACAUUAAAUGUUUUCUAAUGCAAGGGCAUCACCUGUUUCACCUUGCAUUUUGUAAUGCAUGACUCAAAAUAAUGCAAACAUUUAAUAUGUGAAAUAAAAAGAAAUUUACCUUC